CGGUUCUUGAAAACCGGUGCCAAAAAAAUUGGGUGGGAUUGAAAAAUUCGGUUUUGGCAUCGGUUCGCCUUAAAUCGGUGCCAACUAUGGUAAUUAGCACCGCUUCAAACCGGUGCCAAUUAAAAAAGACAAAAAAAAAAAAAAAAUCGGGGUAUGCGUUACUCUGCUUCUUCAUUCUCUUUCCUGUUCUUUUUCCAUUUCCAUUCUCUCUCUUCUCUCUCUUCUCUCUCCUCAUAUGCUCUCCUCUCUCACCUCAACCAAACCUUCAGCCGCAGCCGCAACAACAACCACCAUGCACCGCUCACAAAUUCUCUCUCCCCUUUUCUUUUCGUGCUUUCUCCUCUACCCUCCUUUUACCCUAUCAAUCAUUUUCUAGGGUUUAUCGCCCUUGUUAUACCUCUAAAUCUCAAUCUCAUAUCCAAUCACCUCUCUCUAAUUUCUAGGGUUUCGAAUUACACUGAUGCUGCAAUAAUUGGAGGCUGGAGUUGGUGGUGAUUAAAUUGAUGUUGUUGAACACAAAGAGGCAAACUAAUAUCAGCAGGCUACACUUCUUCUUUCUCGAGAUUUAAAGUUGUUGCUGCAUUUUAGUUAGAUUUGUAGAUUUGAGGGAUUGAAGUGGGUUAUCAAAGAGGUUGAGCAUUGGAUGAAUGGGUUGGAAGAUACGUAUUGAUGAACUGCCCAGGUGUAAAGAUCUGGGCUGAAGUUUCCUUUGUUUUCGUGUUCGUUUUUCUGCUGCAUUUUGCCUAUGGGUCAACAAAUCCCAGUGAUGGGGGAUCAUGUGGCCCUUUUGUCUGCAUUUUCAAUAAUGGGACUCAAGUUGCGCAUGGACUUACCUGAGCAGGCAAUGGAAGUGAACAGUAUUCUUUCGUAACUCAACUCCCGCAAGUGAAGCUGCUGAAACAUUGAAGAAUUUCUCAGAAGAAAGAGCAAAAAAAAUGAAAGCCUUACAAGAAAAAAUGAAGCUUGAUGACAAAGAAGCUAAACGAUUUAGUCCUGUUGAUGCCUUUCCUGGGGAUAUAGUGAUUUUUGCACGGGUGCUAAAUCUUUUGAGAGGUCUUUCUGCUACAAUGGAAGUCCGCAUAGUCUACUUUGAUAUCAUGAGACCAUUUGCCGAGUCUGUUUUGGGCGGAAUCAUUAAUAUGGGGCCUGCAACAAAUACGCAAUGGCUCUGUGAUACUCCUGUGCAUUCAGAUGUGGAAGGCAAGCUGCGGAAGCUCUUGAUUGAUCUGGGAAAUGCUGGAAAGAUACUUGGUAUUCAGCACAGAAAACAGAAAACAUCUGUAUCACCACCAAGAACCAGCCUAGCAACACAGCAUCUCAGCAUCACAGCUCCCCAGAAAACCAGCAACAUGGCUGCAAAACGAAAACAGACAGCAGCACAAUAGUUUCAACACAGCAAACUUCUCAACAAACUAGAACAAGAUCCAAGUGUACUAGUCAGCAUUCAACUGAAAUCUCAAGUGUUUUUUUUUUUUUUUAGUUU